GAGAAUUACAGCGCCCGUCAUGGAAAGGAGAAAAACGGCGGCGGUGGACAUGGUGGGACGGUGGAGCCGUCGUGCUACUUGAGCUCGUCAAUCUACUACGGCGGCCAAGAGAAUUACAACUCCUCUUCCUCCCCGCCGGCCCACGGGAACCCCUCCGCCGCCGCCCGUCACAACACUACUACCGACGACCCAAAUGGCAACAACAACAACGCUAACUCUGCUUCUAGAGGCAACUGGUGGAAAGGUUCGCUUUAUUACUGAUCUAUAACGCCCGGCAACUAAUGAUCUAAUUAAGGGAACCCCCAAAAGCUAAGCUUAAUGCAGCAGCAAGGAGGAGGACUAGUUUGCAAUUUGCAUGUCUACCUACCGAAAUAAACGAAGAUGGAAUACUAGUGUUGAUCUUUAUAACCAUAACUAUAUGUGUAUGGAGUGUGCUAGUGUCGAUGCUGGUAGAAGUUAGCUCG